GGAGGAGCCUCAUCAACAACAUUUCAAUCGAGACAAUCGUCAAUAUUGAACCCUUUCUCCACCAGAGAGAAUCCCCGGUCUUUUCCAACAGAGGGAUUCCCAAUCAUCGAAGCAGACCAGCCAGCCGAAGAAGAACAAUUGUUCGACUACAGCGCCUAUCGAUACUACCCAGCAUAUAUCGGCGAAGUCUUCGAGGAUCGCUAUCAAGUAUGUUCAAAGCUAGGCUGGGGUAGUUGUUCGACUACAUGGUUAGCCAGGGACCUGAUAGACAAGAAAUACGUCGCAUUGAAGAUCUAUAUCCACAACUCGGUAUUUCACCGUGAGCUCCCAUUUUACAAACAUAUCGCUCCCUUCAUGUCAAGUGAUCACCCAGGGAGAGAGAAUAUCCGGCGAUUCUUCGGUUCUUUCACUGUCACUGGCCCGGAUGGAAAGCAUAUUGUGCUAGUCCAAGAACCUGCAUGUAUCAGUCUAUACGAUCUCAAAGAUAACAUGCCCGAGAACAGGUUCCCAGUGGGGCUGGUCAAAGAGACCCUAACCGAAUUACUCCAGGCACUGGACUUUUUGCAUACCGAAUGCAAGGCUGUACAUACUGAUAUCCAUAUCGGUAAUUUGUUAGCAUGCGUGGAUGAUGACGAGAACGCCACAUUCAAAGGUAUUGAGGAAUCCGAAAUGACCAAUCCAUCAGCACGCAAGCAGGUAUCGCAUGAUCGAACCAUUUACUCCUCGCGAGCCAUCUUGCCAAAGGAGGGACCGCUGCGUCUUUCCGAUUUCGGUGAAGCUAGAAUCGGGCCUGGGCCAUAUGACUAUCCUGCUAUGCCUAUGCCAUAUCGCGCACCUGAGAUAACGCUCGAGGUACCGUGGAGCUAUCCGAUUGAUAUUUGGAGUGUUGGGCUUGCGGCGUGUGAUCUUCUUGGGCUGCGUAGGCCUUUCAGAGCCGACCACGAGGCCGGCGAUCUGUAUGAAGCAGCCCACUUUGCAGAGUUGAUUGCUGUACUGGGCCCGCCGCCUGCUGCGUUUCUGGCGCUUAAUCCUGAGAAGGCGGCUCAGUUCUGGGAUGAAGAGGGGAGAUGGAGAGAAGUUGUUCCUAUCCCUGAGAUAGGCACGCUUGGAUCGCUAGAAGGUCAAAUGGACCUACCACUUGCGUUUGUGAAUUUCAUGCGCAGAACUUUGACCUGGAUGCCGAAUGAGAGAGCGACUGCUAAAGAUCUUCUCGAGGACCCGUGGUUGAAAAAUUGA